GACGUCGUCAUCAUCCUGAGCACUGCUGAUGAUGAGAUGGAGAUUUCAUGGGGCAACAAAACGGCCGUGCAGCACGCGCAGGAGAUUGCAAACAACGACUUAGUCGACGACGCAGCUCUCCCGAGGCCGGUAUUCGACGACCUUCGCUCGACUACUGUUCAGAACAGGAUCGUGGGCGAGUCGCGGCCGCAGCACGCGCCCCGGCUGCCGUCUGCCCCGAGCGGCGCUGGCAGCAGCGGUGGCAGCCAGGCGCCGGCGCCUUCCACGGGCAGUGCCGACGGCGUCGCACCCGGCGCAGACGCUGAGGAAGAGGAGGAGCCGGACGGUUGCGGCAUCCUGAACUUCCACAGGAUAUUCGGCGAGGGCGAGGACAGCACAGGCGCUGGCCAGCGGCGCGAGGCCGCCCGCGAGGAGCCCGCUGCAAGCGGCGCUGGGGCGGCCAGAGCUGGGCGAUCCAGCGGCGGCGCUCCGAGAGCCAAGGUCAAGGCGCAGGCGGAUUCAACCAUGCCGCCGCCGCUGUCAAGGGCCGCCGGGACAACUCGGCGAUCUGCCACCAAAGCCUCGACGACCGACGCUUCGCAGCCGCCGGGCAGGGCCGAGAGGGGCGCGAGUAAUCAGUUGUCGAAGUUGGAGGGCAUCCACAUGGAGUACUUGAAGGGUCAGCGGGCUUCGGUACUCACUCUUGAUAAACAGCACUUCAAGAAGAUCAAGAGCUUGACCGACUCCCUCUCGUCCAAGACGAAGCUCUUGAACCCACUGUUGCAAAAGCAGGUUAACAACGAGCUGAAGGUCGUGGAGAUCGACGGGAAGAUGAUCAAGGCAUUCAAGCAAUUCAGUCGGAAGGGCGGGGGCGACGAAUUCCUGGGCGAGGUUGCGGAGGUGAAGGCCUUUGCCAGUCAGAACCCUGUCGUCGAGUUCGAAGUCCCCCCAUGCAUGUCCCAGGGGAUCAAGGAUUGCGAGUUCACCACCAAGUUGCUGGAGUUCGUGAUGGCGAACGACAAGCCCCAGAUGCCCCAGCGUUUCAAAGGCAUUUCCAAGCUCGAGUGCCAGGCUCUGGAACUCACGGCAGACGAGCUCACAGUCUGGCAGAAGGACAUUUUCGCUCGCAUCCAGCUCGUGGAGUGCUUUCUAUCUGCCUUUCCCAUCUCGGGCCUGAAGUCCGACCUGGAGUUCGAUGUCGGCGACGUGACCACCGAGCGCAUGCUGGUCUUGCGCAAGGCUUUCACCAUUUCCAACUACGCGGGCAACGUGGCCAGCAUCGGAGAUUCGCUGGUUCAAAUUUCGCGCGGAGGAAACGACUUCUUCAAGGCGAUCUCGGCGAGCGGCGCCGGCGGCAGGAUGCUGAUGGCGCUCCUGGCCAGGGUGAAUGAGCAGUCGAGAAAGGAGACGGCAUUGGAUGCGAUUUCAACACUUCUCUCCGAGGACAGCGGAGCGACCGUCUCUUCGCUGGUCAGGCUUGACGACGAGUUCGAGCAGAGCGGCUUCGAGGUUCGUCGCGAACACCUGCAGGGCUACUGCAAGCAAUAUCGGGAGUGCGUGGUCGACGUCGGCACGUCCUUGGGUCGCUACUUGGAGUUGCUCAUGAAUGGUUGCAAGGGCGCUGGUGUGCACGCUGAUGAGGAGAAGGGCGUCGUGGUCGCGAAGGACGAGCAGGUCUUCGAUGCCAUCGGGAGGUGGGCCCGCGGCCCGCUUGACUUGCUCCGCGCUGAUCGGCCUGGCUCGAGCGUCGACGUCGGCCACCUGGAGGAGUUGGCCAGAGUCAUCGCGUUCACCCAGCCCAUCCUGCUCGGCGAUCAUUGCGGCGUGAUGAAGCUGCCGGCCGAUGCUUUCCACAGGGCGUUCGAGGAGAGCCGCAGGGUGAUGUCCGAGCGCGAGCAGCUCUUCCUGGGCCCCAAGAUGUCGGACAUUGUCAGCGACCUGGAGAAGGAUUCGCUGUGCUGGGACGUGACCCUGGGCUGGGGCCAACGCCUGAUUCGA